CAACCAUCCUAUCAACCGAUCAACCAACCCAACCAAACCACCACAACAAUGAACUUCAACAAGAUCUUCCUCUUUGUCGUUCUGGCGGUGCUGCUGCUUUGCAGCCAAACCGAAGCGGGACGCCUGAAGAAGCUGGGAAAGAAAAUUGAAGGAGCUGGCAAGCGUGUGUUCAAGGCGGCUGAGAAGGCUCUCCCGGUAGCGGUAGGCGUCAAAGCUCUUGGAUAACGAGAGG